UUUUCCCACUUUACUUAAAAUUUUCCGUUAUUUUCUUGCGAAAAGCACUUUAAUCUAAAUAUGCCAACCUCCUCCCCAUGAUAUCGGAAUCAAGGUCGGAGGUCGAUGUUACCGUCAAUGCAGGACUUUCCGGUAGAUUCCUCGUCACAGCCUUUCCAACAAUUUAUCACCUCACUCCACUUGCAAUUCCACAUGAAAUCCAUACUGGAAUCACUGCUAUUCAUCUCCAGGAAACUCUCGGACUUCUAGUUACCGGUGGCCAUAAUCGUGUGAUUAUUAUUUGGGAUGUUCGAAGUGUUUGCUCCGCCCUUUCUGGAUCACAAUAG